AUGAAUCGAAGGCUUUCGAUUGUGGAUCUUACCUCUGCACCAGCUCCGGUAUCCUUGAGCAGCCGCCGCUCAACUUCAGCAUUAUCCGGUUCCACCAUCCAUUCUUCCUCCUCUCCCAUCGCUGAAUCACAUGCUACGGCCCGUGGCGCAAAACGAAAGCGCCAGAGUGAUGAGGAUGAUGAUCAAUUACCUUCAUCCCCACCGGUAUCACGGCCACAAAUAACUCCCCAUGUUUCUCAAGAACCGGUUGAGUCCAUUGAUCUCACUGAAGUCAGUGAUUCCUCGGCGCUGGCCAAAGCACUUGCGAAACAACGAGAAGAUGCCAUUAAGGCCCAACCUACGGACCAGGAGAAAGGCCGCAGUAUGUUGGCCAAUUACCAAUGUCCGGUUUGCAUGGAUACUCCGGAGGAUGCUACGAGUACCUCGUGCGUAUUUACAAUCCAUUGA